GGGGGCGGGGCGCGGGCUGGGCGUGUGCCGCGGCCGCCGGCGGGGCGCGCUCCCGCUCCGCUGCCGCUCUCCCCGCACGCACAUUGUCCGGGCGCGGCGGCGGCUCAGCGCCCCGGCGCCCCGUGCCAAUGCGGGGCGGGCGCGGCACGCCGGGGGCGCCUCCACCACCGCGGUGGAAACUUCCCCUCGCCGCCGGGCCGACGCGCGGCUGAAGCCCCCGGCGGGGAGGAGCGGAGCGGGGUUUCGCCCGCCUGGGGGGGCGCCUCGUCUAGUUUGGUUUUUGCUACGUUGGAAGGGCAAAAGCGAAUAAUACUGUUACCCGGCUUUAAACUUCCGCGCCCCGCUCUCCAGGACGCGCAUCCCGCCCGGCGGGGUGGACGAGGCGGGGGACUUGAGCCAUUCCCAGACAAGAGGACCCUAUUUCCCUGUGGAAGCUCGUUAGCCAUCCCAAGGGUGGUGGUGCUCUUGGAAGUCCUGAGGCGGGGUCAGCUGGAAGAUGACCGAGUACAAGCUGGUGGUGGUGGGAGCAGGCGGUGUUGGGAAGAGCGCUUUGACGAUACAGCUCAUUCAGAACCAUUUUGUUGAUGAGUAUGACCCCACGAUAGAGGAUUCCUACAGAAAGCAAGUAGUCAUCGAUGGAGAGACCUGUUUGUUAGACAUCUUGGACACUGCAGGGCAGGAGGAGUACAGUGCCAUGAGAGACCAGUACAUGAGAACGGGGGAAGGAUUCCUGUGUGUCUUUGCCAUCAACAACACCAAGUCCUUUGAAGAUAUUCACCAGUACAGGGAGCAGAUCAAGAGGGUGAAAGACUCAGAUGAUGUUCCCAUGGUGCUGGUGGGGAAUAAAUGUGACCUCCCUGCGCGAACAGUGGAGACCCGGCAAGCGCAGGACCUGGCCCGGAGCUACGGGAUCCCCUACAUAGAAACGUCUGCCAAAACCAGACAGGGCGUUGAGGAUGCCUUCUACACCCUGGUGCGGGAGAUCCGGCAGCAUAAGCUGCGCAAGCUGAAUCCCCCGGACGAGAGUGGCCCCGGCUGCAUGAACUGUAAAUGUGUGGUAUCGUGACUAUGCUGUCUGGACUGUGUCUUGACGAGGUUCCCACUGUGCAGUGCGCAAGGAAAGAGGUGAAGCAAAGGAAGAAGCGAACGGAUUCAGAGGAGGAAUAUGGGGGGGUUGAGAAGAGGAGGAAGAGGACAGGAGGAGCAUGACUCCAAGGACUAUCUCGCACUUCACCCAAGCCUGCGGCAAACAACUUUUUUUUUUUUAAAUCCCCAUCCCCUCAUCCUUUGGUUUCCUCCCACCCCGGCAACUGUACAAAGCCACAGAUUGAAUCACAGUAAAUUAUUAUUUGAUCGUUUCAACAAA